AUGGAUUUGCGUUUAGUGCCAUUUAAACAUUUUGUUUCCUACCACCAUUAUGGCACUGGUGAUGAUAAGGUCUCGGGCGGUGUUUCUAUUAUUGUCAAUAGGAAUGUCGCCCAGUCCGAAAUCACACUCAGUUCUCCUCUGCAGGUAAUAGCAGUGCGAGUUACACUCCACGUACCUAUUACCAUUUGUUCCAUCUACUUACCACCUAGCUUAUCAUUGAACCUGAGAGAAUUGGAUGACCUUGUUGCCCAGCUUCCUUCUCCUUACAUUUUGUUAGGAGAUUUCAAUGGUCACCAUUCUUUCUGGGGUAGUUCCGAUGAUAAUACCAGAGGAAAAUUAAUAGCUGACUUUAUUUAUGACAAUGAUCUUCGCAUCUUUAAUGACGAAUCGCCUACGUAUUUCUGCUCAAAAAACCAAACUUUUUCUCAUCUAGAUCUGACAAUUAGCUCUCCAUCUUUGUUCCAAGAUUUUUCUUGGAGUGUCCACGACGAUCUCUGCCACAGUGAUCAUUAUCCUGUAAUUCUACGGAAUGAUGGUCCUUCGCCAGUAGACAGGCCACAAAGAUGGAAACUCUCCAAAGCUAAUUGGCCUCUCUUUGAGGCUCUUUGCAUUUCUUCUUUUUCUCAAGAUGAUCUAGAUGUGGCAGAAGACCCGAUGGAAAUAUUUACCACCAUCUUACAAGAUAUAUCGGGUCAGGCGAUUCGUAAAACCUCGACAGCUCCAAAACGAUUCAAUAAACCAUGGUUUAACGAAGACUGCAAGACAGCACUUAAAGAACGUAAUCGUGCUCUGCGACUGAUUGAACGUUCUCCUACCGCUGACAACAUGGCCUCUUUCCGCAUUGCACGGGCGAAAGCCAGGCGGACUAUCCGCCAAGCAAAGAGGUCGUCAUGGCAGGAGUAUGUUUCAAGGAUCAACAGUCGCACGUCUUCCAAAUCAGUCUGGGAUAGGAUCCGUAGGAUCAAGGAUUUGGGAUGA